AUGGGGAAUAAAGUUCUCGAGGUAGAAGUCACAACAGGAUCUAAUAUUGGAGAUUUAGUUCUCAUACCUCGGAUCUCUUUAACACCACAGAGUGCACGGACUCCUUUUCCAAUUAAAAGGAGACAAUUUCCUGUGAAAGUGGCAUUUGCAAUGACUAUCAACAAAAGUCAAGGCCAAACCUUGAAAAAUGUUGGCGUUUACCUUCCUGAACCUGUGUUUUCACAUGGUCAACUUUAUGUUGCUCUGUCCCGUGCUACUUCGCCAGUUGGAUUGAAAAUACUCAUUGUUAAUAGAGAUAAUGAUCCAUGGGAUUAA